AUGGGCCCGGGCACCGCGGGCCGGCCACCGCGCUCCGAAGAGGCCAACGGAGAUGAAACACUCGCUUCCGCCUCCCGCACCUUUCCCCUUUCACCUCAACGGGGUCACGCCCGGCGACGCGAUGACGUAAGGCGGCGACGACGCGUCAGCGGUGGUGGAAGAGGAGGACGGGGGUGGGGGCGGCUGCGAGCGGCUGCUCGUCCUCGCGAGAUUUCCAGGCCAGUUGCAAAUUUUCCUAACACCCUCCGCACAGUUCGCAGCAUGUACCUGAGGAGUGUUGCCCGCACCCCUUACCUGCUCUGCGCCGGGAUCUGGCAGCACCCGCAGUGGUUAAUCCAGCGGAGGCGAUCUGGAUGGUGCCAUUAUAAAGCCGUGAUCUUUGAGGCAAAUGGAGUGCUCCUCCCAUCCCCUUACAAGACAGCCACGGACUGGGAGGCCCGGAAUUGUAUUCCAGCCGGCACCAUCCAGCAAGCUAUACUCUCGGGAGGAGAAAAUAGUCCCUCUCUGAAGUACACAAGAGGAGAGCUGACGACUGUGGAGUUUUUGCAGGAACUGGGACAGCAGUGCUUUGAGAUUGCAAAUGUCUGUGUUCCAGUGGACUCUUUUCUCUCGGACUUAAUCAGAAAUGAGAUGAUAAAACAGCUCCCCAUAAUGGCAGAAGCAGUAUGGUGUAUCCGUGCGGAAGGUCUUAAGGCAGCUCUUCUAAGCAACAACUUCUGCCUGCUGAAUGGGGAGAGCUUUCUGUGCCUAGACCAAAAGCACUUCGAUGUGAUGGUUGAAUCUGAUCGGGAAGGAAUGCGCAAGCCAGACCCUCGUAUCUACAAGCUGUGCUUGGAACGCUUGGGUGUUCAGCCCCAGGAAUCCAUCUUCCUCGACAACAGCAGCCAGAACCUAAAAGCAGCAGCCCAGCUUGGCAUUAAAACAGUGAAGGUCGUUGAUCUAGAAGUAGCCCUCAAAGAGCUGGAAACCUAUCUGGGUUUUCCUUUGCAAGGGUUUGUUCCAUAUACUCGUUCAGUGAGACCAAGUGCGGAAAUCCCAAAAGAUCAUCUGCAAAAGUACCUUGAAAAUGUUGUUGGUGACCACGCAAGAGGCCCACUAGUGUUACGGCAGUUUGGCCAUGGACAGUCUACCCGGACCUAUUUCGUCAAAUUUGGAGAUCGCUUGCUAGUGCUGAAGAAGGAGCUCUCUGACAGCCUGUGUCCCUCAGGCCCUGCUGUCAGAAGGGAAUACAGGGUACUGAAGGCACUCUCUGAGGCUGGUGUUCCUGUUCCCACUGUACUUGCUCUCUGCGAGGACACAAGCACCCUUGGCACACCUUUCUACCUGAUGGAGCACUGUGCUGGCCGUGUCUACAGGGAUGUCUCCCUCCCUGCGCUGCAGCCUAGCCAGCGGAGGGCUAUUUAUGCUGCCAUGAGUCAAGUCCUCUCCAAGAUCCACAGCGUAGACCUCAGAGCAGCCAAGCUGGAGGACCUCGGGGAGCAUGGUAAUUACAUUCAGCGGCAAGUUGAGACCUGGACAAAGCAGUAUCAAGCUAUGGAAACUCAUGUUAUCCCAGCGAUGGAAAGACUCAUUGAGUGGCUGCCUCUGCAUUUUCCUGAAUAUCAGAAGACGACAGUUGUGCAUGGUGAUUUCAGGAUGGACAACCUGGUCUUUCAUCCAGACAGGCCAGAAAUCCUUGCUGUCCUUGGCUGGAAGCUUUCAACUCUAGGAGAUCCCAUCUCUGAUUUGGCGAAUAACUGUAUGGCCUACUUCCUGCCACCUCACUUUAAUGCACUGAGAGGCUUGAGGAAGUGUGAUUUGGGGCACCUGGGAGUCCCCACGGCAGAGGAGUAUUCCCAGAUGUACUGUGGCCACAUGGGAGUGGGGUGUCCUGAGAACUGGAAUUUCUACAUGGCCUUUGCCUUUUUCCGACUGGCUGCAAUGCUGCAGGGACUCCAUAAACACUCUCUGACAGGGAGGCCAGCCCCAGGUGAAAGCAGCCGGGAGGAUACAGAGUUCGUGGCCGACCUGGCUUGGGAGUUUGCCAUAAAAGAAGGAUUCCGUGUGUUUGACAGCCUCCCCACCACAAAGCCUCUCGCACGACGUUACAGCACCUGGGCCAGGCGAGGGCCGUUCCUCAGCAGGAGCUAUGGUACCUGGCCUCGUCCUGGGGCAGCUCUUGUGCCCAAAGUCCCCCUGGUCACUCCCCCCACCAGCCUGUUGGGGAUGGCCCAGGGUCUUUACUGCAAGCUGGAAAAGAUCAUGGACAUCCAGUGGGGUUUCCUGAUUUCCCAGCCCAGAUGGACUCCAUGUCCUCUUCCAGAACUGAAGGCAGAGAGUGCCAGGACCAAACCAGUGGCUCUGAUGAUGACUGCAAAGGCCAUGGAUCAGGAUAGCCAGACAGGUCUCUGGAGCAGAGCAUCUCAGCAGUGCAGACCCCAGCCUGGUGCUUCACUUGGACCUGAGCUCCAUGUCUGGCUGAAAGUGCCGCAUGGUUCACAGGACAGCGCUCUCCAAACCAAAGCUAAGCCACUACCCGCAGCACAGGAGAGCCUUGGACAUAAGAGUAAACCAGCCACUCUGGCAUGGGAGAGGUCGUGCUAACAGCAGCCUGGGAGCUUCUGAAUUUCAGUGGUGUUUGCUGGUAUCUGGUAUCUGGGCUCAGUGCCUUUAUUGCCAGCCUCAGUAAGUAUGGGGCAAAAUCCACCCUUGGAUCAUGAGGUUGCAGGCAGUCAAUACUGGCCUUGCAGGGGGGAGAGUUGGUCAGGAGUGACGAGGCUAAGGGUGCAAGUCUUGGUUUUGGGAAUAAAGAAAAUGGAGCAGGGUGUCUCUCCUCCUUCACCACAACAGCCCUGGCAACUGCAGAUGCUAGAAGAGUCCUUGGUGGGGAGGGGAACUGCAUCAGUCAGCAGUGAGGGGAACUGAAUCAGGUCCUCAAGGACUCUAGAUUCAGGGGAGACUCCGGAGCUGAGGCAGUGCCUGGUCCCUGGAGCUGGGAGGAACUGGGAGGACCCAUGGUCCCAUGACUGCAGUGGAUGUCUCUGGGUUUCUCUGGGGACCACAGAGGAUGCAGACUGGAUCGAUGAGGGCUUUCACAGAGGCCAGCAGCAAGGGGAGAACUGUGGCAACAAUUAUGGUAAUUCCUGGGCUCUUUAUGUGUAGUCUAGUAUUGAUUCAAUAUUAAAGUGAUGAGCACACUUCUCUGAAUUCUUCUCCAGCUUCUUCAGCACAGAUGCAGCCUCACAGCCUGCUUUCAGAAGGCCACAUCCAUCUGCCCAGGGUCACCGCCACAUCCAUCUGCCCAGGGUCGCCACCACAUCCCGGCUCUCGGGGGCACAAGGGGCGCUGCGAAGGAGCCCUGGGGCAGCGGUGCUGGCUGCUCAACACAAGGACGGUAGGGCUGUAGGGAAGCCUCGUAACCUGAGCUUUGGUUUCUCCCAGGCUCCAGGGUGAAAUUGUACCUCUCCCCCAGGCACUUGGUUCUGCUGUGGAAGGGGGCGGGAGCCUGUAUCUGAGCCUCUAUCUGCCCAGCCCAGAGAGCUGGGAUGAUUUCCUAGAAGGCACCUGGCCUUUGCGCCUCCCACCAUCUCAUCUUUCAGGCAGACUCAAUCCCAGGCAGCUAUUGCAGGUCUGAGAGUUUGAGGCUGAGAGUUGGGUCUGCCGUGAAGGUGUUUCCUCCAUUGCAUGUGGUUUUAGUGCCACUGGGUUUGUCUGCUAAGCCCCAGGGAAGGGAAGGAUCCUGCUCAAGAGGACCAAAAGCAUUAACACAGGGCUAAUGCUCAAUGUCAUCGGUUGUCCAUCCAGGUGUCAGCAGAAGACACCCAGAGGACGGCAUAUGGGAGCUUAGCCCUGAGCAGGGCUUGGCUGGAGCUCAGUUCUGAGAUGUGCCCUGUGGAUACGCAGCCUGACCCGGUCCCUCUGGGAGAGGCACAGUGCACACAGGCACAUCUCUACCGGUGAAACAGGUCUUUCUGGCACCUCCUAAAAGUGGUUUAACACAUGCAGGUCUGCAGUAGGAGGGAGAACUUGUUGGAACACGUGGUUGUCAUGAGUGCCACCUCCUAAAGGGCUGCCCAGGACCAACCAUCUGGGGCCACAAAGAGGAAUUAGUCACCCUUCAGGGGAUAUGGGAGACCAAGGAUGAGAGGCUGAGAGCCAGUGCAAGAGGAUUUCUAUUCAGCUGAUCUAGGAAACACGCAGCCUAAUCUGAGUCCUGCUGGAUAACCUUGGGCAGUCGUGUUGCCUCUCCAGGCUUCAUGGUUCCUCCCUGCAAAAUGGGGCUGAUAUUCCCCUCUUGAGUGAAAUGCCUGGAGCCCUGCAGAUGCAGGAACUACCACCAUGCUACCACCAAGACUUUCAGCGACGUGAGUCUUCCAGGACAGUUGAAACUAUUUUUGAAUUGACAUAUUCUACAAUUUUUCUGGCCCCUUUAAUAAACCAGAGCCAUCCACCCGCAGUUACCCUUCACAGACCCCUCACUAAAGGAGCCAAAGAGGUGCUGUCAGAUGCAGGGUGAUUACCCCAGGUUUAUUUUGGAGGUUAAAAACUCUUUGUAUUUUUAGUCUGUGCCUUCCUUAGUGAUGGUGAUGAUAACUUGAGAACAUCUCUGUUCCGUGCAAGUGAAUCUGCCCUUUGGCACACUGAAGUUGCACAAGGCAUCUUAAGCAAAUAAAGAAAAGGCCUUUAGCCGUUGUUGGGA